AUGCCCGUCUACCCCAUCUCCUCUAGCGCUCUCGACGCCAUCGACAAAACCCACGACCCAAACAAACCAAUCUUCAUGCUAAACCUCUGGCGCUUCCGCCCCACCGCCCUCUAUCCUCCUGAACACGCCCACCUCUCCCCUCCGCCCGCAGGGACACCUUGCACAGGCCGCGAAGCUACCGAGCGCUACCGCGCCGCCAUUCAAGCCGUCCUGCCUCCCAAUGCGUCUAUCCACUUCGUCGGCAAUUGCGAAGGCAUGGUGGCGGGUCCAGAGGGGGAAACGUGGGAUUGGGUUGCGCUUGUGAGGUAUGAAAGUUUGAAGGGGUUUAGGGAUAUGGUGGAGAGCGUGAGGUAUAAGGAAGAGGUGGAGCCGUUUCGAAAUGCGGGGUUGGAAGAGUGGCGGUUGGUUGCAUUGGAGGGGACGGGUGGGGUGGGUGUUGGUUUGGAAGGGCAGGAGAGUGGGUAG